CCAAAAAAGACGCACAAAUUGUUGGUUAAUUUAUUCAUCAAAUAUCUCUGGAAAUAAACUCAGCAAUCUCCCCUUUUGAACCCAGAAAAAGUUUCCCAACUGAAUCCGAUGGCAUCCCCCAACCAUCAAGGAGAGUCCCCAUCAUCGUCGUCGUCAUCAGCCUCCAAGGACUGGUGGCGUCGAAUAUUGAUCCCUACGAUCCUUGCAGGGGUUGCUGGUGGAGGAUUUGGGUUGGUUUCAAAACAUCGAAAAAUCCAUGGUCUGGCUAAUAUUUCAGCCACUUAUGCCACUAAUUUUGCUAUUGUCACCGGCUGCUAUUGUGGAGCUCGUGAAUUCGUAACAGCAACUCGUAAAACAGGACCUCAUGAUCUACUGAAUUCUGCAAUAGCUGGAUUCGGCACUGGUGCUAUAUUGGGUCGUCUUCAAGGUGGUCAAUUUGGUGCUUAUCGCUAUUCACUCAUCUUUGCUGUUGUUGGGACAGCAGUGGAUUUUACUGCCCUAAAGUUAAGGCCUAAAUUACGCCAUAUUGGUGAAUCUAUGUUUGAUAAGAGCGGUUCGUUGAAAUUGCCAGAAUGGUCUCCUAUACAAGUGCUCGAUGACGAAGCCCUUGCUGCAAAACAUGCUCGAGAAGAAAAACUGCAUGGACAAAGAAAAACUCUGGACAAAGAAAAACUCUGAGCAAAGAAGAAUCGUGAGGGUGGACUAUUUAGUCUUUUGUUCUUAAUCAUUCAUGAUAAUGAUUUUCGCCAGUGCUAGUUAAGCUGCUUGGCAGCUAGUAUUGUAUUUGCUGGGGAUUAGGUUUGGUUUUGCUUUCAAUAUACAAUAAUAAUAUUCUUUGUUUACAUUAGCUGUAAUUUGGGAUUCUAAACAUCCUUCGAUAGUCAAAAAUAAAAAAAAAGUUCAUUUCUACG